AUGUAUGAAACACAUUUAAGUAAGUAUUGUGAACGCAAAAUUGGAUGCUCGGCUAUUUGCCGAGUCCGCGAAAGCCUUCAUCAUGUAGAUCCAAAUGGCGUAAUACCCACUAAUUCCCCGAAGACAAUAUCAUGUUUCAGGCUUGGAUUGCGAAAUAUCUUCGAAGAGAGUCUUGGCACCACGAUAAAAGAAAUAGCCAUUGGGACAAACACAUCUUUGCAGCCUUUGCCCGCUAAUUUCCCUGCUGCAACAGUCUUAAGAUACUUUUUGGCUGCUUGUGACAAGUGGCAGAGUCCAUCACGAACAAGAAGCGAUCGGGGAGUGGAAAACGUAGAGAUAGAAAGACAUUUGGAAGAGUAUUAUGUUUUUAAUGUCGAAAAUGAACGUCAUCUAUAUUGUCUUCAUUACACUUAUCACCCACAUAUAAAUCGGACCCUGAAUGAGGAAUGUUUCCGGCGGGGACGUAUUGCCAGGUUUUACGGAUUGAUCGAUGAAAGUGGACGUUCACCAUCUCAAGUAUGGCAGGAAGGUAUGAUUCGUAAUAAUUGGAGACAUUGUAGAGACAUUGUUGAUAAUACCUUUCGAAAUGAUAAUAGCUAUGGUAUAGACUUAGAUGGUCCUGUUCCAAAUCAUGCCGUGCGUGAUAAUGUUGUCAAUGUAUUACCUGUUAGCCUAAAUACUGAAACCGUUAACCCUAAUGUAAAUGAUAAUAAUUAUGGCAUUGACACUUUCCUACAAGCACGGCAGUUUUUGUUAACCAUUUGCUAUCCACCAAUAAUCAAUAAAACAGUAUUAUCUAAUAACUUACCGUGA